AUGAUUUUGGUCCUCGUGUUCUUCGCCACGACCGCCGUGCUUUUCUACGAGUUAUAUUGGAAGCGCAGGGGUUUGCCGCCAGGACCAACUCCCCUACCCCUGCUCGGCAAUUUGGAGGGUGAUAAAUUUGCGGAUCGAGCGACGUUGAAAGAUUUGUUUGAUCUCCUGAAAGGCGGCAACUAUGGCGUCAUCAAUUCAUGGGGUGAUAUCUGGCGAGAACAGCGAAGAUUUGUUUUGCAUACCCUGCGCGAUUUUGGCAUGGGCAAGAAUUUGAUGGAAGAGCGGGUAAUGCUCGAGGUCAACUUCCUUAUCGAUCGCAUGCGAUCACUUAAAACUGAUUUGGAUAUGCGGUCCGAAUUCGAUACCGCCGUUGGUUCCAUCAUCAACAACAUCUUAUUCGGAUACCGUUUCGACGAGAGCAAACAGCACGAGUUCAGGCUGAUCAGGGAGCUUCUGCGCAAGCUAGUGACUGGUGGACAAAAUAUCCUAUUUUUGGUACCCGCCCUCUUGCCCGUAUUUAGGAAGGUCCCGUAUUUCAAAGAACAUUUCUACGGUUUCGUCAACGGGCAUCAACAAAUCAUGGAUUUUAUCGCAACGCAAAUUGAGGCGAGGCGGAAAGAAGUGGAUUUUAGCAGUGAUAAGCAGAUGCACGAAGAAUUAGAUCGCGUAAUCGGUUCGGACCGGAUGAUUACGAUGGCUGACAAGAAUGAUCUGCCAUAUGUGAAUGCGGUUGUUAAUGAAACUCAAAGAACCGCAAACCUUCUCCCUCAAAAUCUACAGCGGAAGCUCCUCGCGGAUACGGUAAUCGGGGAUUAUGAAAUAAAGGCAGGCACCGUCGUUAUGCCCCAAAUCAGUGCGGUGCUCUACGAUGAACGAGUAUUCCCCGAUCCAUACGCCUUCAAGCCGGAGCGCUUCAUAAAUCCGGAUGGGUCAUCGAGGAAAUACGAUGAGCUUGUUCCAUUUUCUGUCGGAAAGCGACAAUGCGCCGGCGAGGGAUUGGCAAAAGUCGAGCUGUUCCUCUUCGUCGCAAAUUUGUUCCAGCGGUUUAAGUUCUCGGCCAAGCAAACCCCAUCAAUGAUAAAAAACCGCGGGGAAGUCGUCACCGCAAUGGACUAUUUGUGUGAUGUCCUGGAUCGACAUUUG